UUACCCAAAGCGAAAACAUCUGACGUCACAAAGUUCCCAGGCAAGAACCACCCCACAGUAUUAACACCCUGCGCAGGCGGAAUAAACAAGUCAAGUCGGCAUAGAAUUUUGCAAAAGUCAUCUUUGAAAUAGAAAUACCGGUUAAUUUACUUCCGACAUGGGCGAUGCCGACAGAGCAAUGAACGAACCGGAAGCGACCAAGACGGUAGCCGGAAUCCAGGUGAUUCCCGCCGAGGAUGUCUCCUCCAUCGAGGAGGUUAUCACCAUCGACCCGGAGUGCUACGAGCUGGACCUGAAUCAUCGCCGGAUCGAGAAGCUGGAGAACUUCGAGCCCCUCACGAGGAUCGAACGCCUGUUCCUGCGCUGGAAUCUGAUCAAGAAGAUCGAGAACCUGUCCACCCUGAAGACCCUGAUCGAGCUGGAGCUGUACGACAAUCAGAUCACCAAGAUCGAGAACCUCGAUGAUUUGACCAAUUUGGAGGUGCUGGACAUCAGCUUCAAUCGCCUCACGCAGAUUGAGAACCUGGACAAGUUGGUCAAGCUGGAGAAGGUCUACUUUGUGUCCAACCGGAUCACCCAAAUCGAGAACCUGGGGAUGCUGACCAAUCUCACCAUGUUGGAGCUGGGGGACAACAAGCUGAAGAAGAUUGAAAACAUCGAGAUGCUGGUCAACCUGCGACAGCUCUUUCUGGGAAAAAACAAGAUAGCCAAGAUCGAGAACCUGGACACAUUGGUCAAUUUGGAGAUCCUCAGUCUGCAGGCCAAUCGAAUUGUGAAAAUCGAGAACCUGGAGAAGUUGACCAGCCUCCGCGAACUCUACAUAUCGGAGAACGGAGUGGAAACCAUUGAAAACCUCGACGAGAACAAAAAUUUGGAAACUCUCGACCUUGCCAAGAACCGAUUGAAAAGCAUCGGCAACCUGGAGAAGCUGGAACUGCUGGAGGAGCUCUGGCUGAACCACAACGGGGUGGACGACUGGAAGAACAUAGAGCUGCUGAAGGUCAACAGGGCGCUGCAGACCAUCUACCUGGAGUACAACCCGCUGGCGAAGGACGUCCGCUAUCGCUCCAAGCUGCGCGACAUCCUGCCGCAGCUGCAGAAGAUCGAUGCCACCCUGUGCAAGGUGCCCGGGUCCUAGACGGAUCCACAGUAACCCCCUCGAAAGACUAAUCCACGGCGAUGCGCCAAUACAUUUAUAUUGAUUAACUUUGGAAAACUGCGUUUAAAAUAUACAUGAAAAAAUUAACCACUUCAAAGAAGCUGCUAUUUAAUAUCAUCUUGGUAUGGUUUUUUUGA